ACUCUUUUUAUUAUGUGAGGACAGAGGUCUUUACAGAUAUCAAGGGUUCGUGGUAUUUAUCUUUGUUGUGGAUAAUAAUAAUAAUAACUGGGAUUUUUUUCUUCCUUGGGCAGUGCCAACCAGCUUCAUCACUGUUUUCCUUGCUGAAUCUUCCUCUAAAUUCCACAAGGAACAACUAGGAGCCCAGGUUAAGUCUUCAGACUCCCCUGAUCUUCCUUGAACUGUUGAACAGCUGAGUGGGGUUCAGAAUGAGUUACCUGGAUGGAGUCCCUUUCAGGAUUCCUGAGAGUAUUAAGAUAGAAUGGGAGCCACCCACAGCCUCCAACCUCUGCAUUCCUGAUUGCAGAGAGCUCCUGCUAGGCACCAUGCAUGAUUUUUCCCUGGAGAGAAAGGUGCUUUAUUGGUUAGAGUCUGCAACAAGACAAGAAAUGACUUCGGAUAAUGAGGCCCCUGGGAUGGCCACUGCACCUCCAUGUUGGCUCCUUUUGGUUGACUCAUUGGAUACAUCCAGUAUGGCUGAAGCUGAGCACCAAGAUGUCAGACAGAAGAACUCCACUCUGCCGGGGAGUUGGAACUGUGAGGAGGAUGGAACUGAGCAGGAAGAGGAUGAAGGCACUUCUUCAACUAGUGAGGAUGACAGUGGCCCCAAGGAGAUGCCAUUCCCCAGCACUCCCUGGAGUCCCAGGUCAUUCCCUGAGAAAAGCAAUGAGAGUUCCCCAGAAUCACCUACUCUAAGCCAUCGGAGGAGAUCUCUGGACAUCUUCCACAAUGUGAAGAAUGAGUUGGAGGGAGUUCGAAGGAGGUUGUCAUUACUGGUGCAUCCACUGAGUCGGGUUGCUACACCUGAGCGCAGAUUGGCCACCAAGUCUUUGACUUUCUACCACCACUUCAGGAAUAACAGGACGAUGACCUCUACUACCUCUGUCCUUGACAUGCCUCCCCCGAGUCCCCCACCAGUGCCACCAAGACCAUCCACAGCCGGCUCUAUCCCUCCCAUCCGGAGUCACAAACCCACGGUCCCAUCUCUGAGCCCAUACUCCUGCCUCCCGCCCCCUCCUGGCACUCCAAGACCUCUAAGUUCUGGUAACAACCACCCGGAUUCCACUGCUGAACUGCUGUCUGCCCUGAGUCAGGAGGAGCGGGACCUCAUUGAACCUGUGCUGGCUCUGGGGUACCCACUGCGCAGGGCCAUCCUGGCUCUGCAGAAGACAGGGAGACAGAGUCUUAGCCAGUUUCUCAGUUACCUGGGCACGUGUGAUCGGCUGGUGAAGCAGGGUUACUCAGAGAGCCUGGUGGAAGAGGCCAUGGAGAUAUUUCAGUACUCCGAGAGCAAGGCAUCGGAGUUUCUGCAUCUCUGGGAGCAGUUCAGCGACAUGGGCUUCCAACAAGACAGGAUCAAGGAGGUCCUCCUGCUUCAUGAAAACCACCGGGAGCGUGCUCUGGAAGAGCUCAUGACUCGGGCACAGUGAGGAGGCUCUCAUCCUGAUGAACUCUUGGGGGAAAGGGGCACAUCCUGGGUCAUCAGGAUGCCUCUAGGCAGGAACAGAAGUAGGGCUUUUCCUUUUAAGAAAUGUAUCCCCUGGGGGCAGCUGGGUGGCUCUGUGGAUGGAGAGCCAGGCCUAGAGACAGGAGGUCCUGGGUUCAAAUGUGGCCUCAGACACUUCCCAGCUGUGUGACCCUGGGCAAGUCACUUGACCCCCAUUGCCUAGCCCUUACCUCUCUUCUGCCUUAGAACCAAUACACAGUAUUGACUUUAAGAUGGAAGGUAGGGGUUUAAAAAAAACAAAACAAAACAAGAAAUGUAUCUCCUACUGUCUGGCUGUGUGACCCUGGGCAAGUCACUUGACCCCCAUUGCCUAGCCCUUACCACUCUUCUGCUUUGGAACCAAUACACAGUAUUGACUCCAAGACGGAAGGUAAGGGUUGAAGGGGGAAAAAAAGAAAGAAAUGAUUCUCUUGAGCCUGCAAAUUCUGGCCCAGUGUAUGAGGGUGGGCUUGGCCUUUGCCCCCAGAGGUUUGCCAGGCUAAUGCCACUAUCCUUGACUUAUCCCAGAAUUAGAACCAAGUUCAGUGUCAUAGAUGCUUGUAAAAGCCUCAGGAGGGCUCUACCCACUCAAGGCAGUAAGAUCUAGCAGAAACAGGACUGGCAUGAGAAGCCUUUGCUAUUUAUUACCCAUAUUGCCCUAGGUCACUUAACCGCUCUGGGUCUCGUCUAUAAACUGGGGAUGCUAAUACAUACAACUGCUUGCCUUAUAGAACUAUUCUGAGGAUUAAAAGAAAUGGCAUAGUCAGAGAGAUUUGCAAACUUUGAAGCUGUAGGGCAAUCUAAAAAGUAAUUAAUUACUCAUUGGGGAAGUUCACUGCAUUAUUACCAAUCUGGGAAGUUCACUAGAUUUCUGAGCUAGGAGACAUCUUAGAGAUCCAUCUAGGCAAAUCUUCCCAUUUUACAGAUGAGAAAACUGAGAACAAGAAAGGUAAAACAAACUCGGGUUCUGUUCCCCUCCAAGUUCUUCAUCAAAUUCUUUGUAGGAUCUUAGAGUCAGAGCUAGAAGGGAAUUUAGAGAUCAUCUAAACCAGCAAACUAUGGGCCACGGGCCCUGGCCUGUCUCCACUUGUUCUUGUAGGUACAUCAAGCUAAGAAUUGUUUUUAAAUCUUAAAAUAAAGUUUUAUUAUAUCUUAAAAAUGCAAAAACUAUUCUUAGCUCAUGGACUAUACAAAAAUAGACUUAUGGCCCUCUGCAGAAUAUCAUGUCAAGUCAACAAGCAUUUAUUAAGUAUAUACAUAUAUGGCAGCUAGAAUUCUGGGCCUGAAAUCAGGAAGAUCUGAGUUCAAAUAUGACCUCAGACACUGCCUAGCUGUGUGACCUUGGAACGAGUCACCUAACAUCUGAUUUCCUGAUAAAAGGAUCCCCUGGAGAAGGAAAAUGACAAACCACUUCCAGUAUCCUUUUCAAAAACACUCCAGGGAUAGCCAUGGUCCAUAGGGUAAUAGACACAGAAAUCCUCAGAUUUGGGGCAGAAUAAAAAGAAUUAUUCCUAGCCAACAACAGGGGCUUAAUAAAGAAAUACUUAGUGACUCAUUGAUAGGUGGAGAGAGUGCCGGUCUUGGAGCCCACUGGUUUUGCCUUUGAUAAGCACAGUGUGAUUUCAAGCAAAUUUUAACUUCUCUGUGCCCCAGACUUGAGUCAUCUUCAGAAUCCAAGUUACAGACUCAUUGCUAAUUUGUAUCUGAGGAAACUAGGGCCUUAAAAGGAUCAAAUUACAGAUCCAGACCCCACCUCCAACCAAAAAAGAAAAAGGAAAAGCUAGAAGAAACUUAAACAGAGGGCUACUUUUCAAUUGAAUAAAUGUUUUAGCCAACAAAACUUUCUCUUGGGCUCUCUUGGCUCAGAACAAGCUAACAGGGGGCAGCUGGGUGGCUCAGUGGAUAGAGAGUCAGACCUAAAGAUAGGAGGUCCUGGGUUCAAAUUUGGCCUCAGGCACUUCCCAGCUGUGUGACCCUGGGCAAGUCACUUGACCUCCAUUGUCUAGCCCUUAUCGCUCUUCUGCCUUGGAACCAAUACACAGUAUUGAUUCCAAGACAGAAAGUAAGGGUUUAAAAAAAAAAAGAAAAGAACAAGUUAACAAACAUUUCUACUGAGCAAAUGGAUAUAAAAAAGAAACAUUAAUAACUUUAAAAGAGAACAUGUAUUUUAAAAUGUUCAUUAAAUUUUAAAACAUGUCUUAUUGAUAUUUUCGGUUUUUUAAAUCAUAGUUAUUCCCCUCUUUUUUAAAACCCUUACCUUCCAUCUUAUAAUAAAUACUAAAUAUUGAUUCCAAGGUAGAGGACCAGUAAGGGCUAGGCAAGUAGAGUUAAGUGACUUGCUCAGGGUCACACAGUUUCCCCUCUUCUUCCCAGAGAGCCAUCCUAUAACAGUAUUUUUUUUAAUCCUCCUUUUAUAUAUAUAUAUAUAUAUUUUUUUUUUUAAAUGCUAAGUAUUGGUUCUAAGGCAAAAGAGCAGUAAAGACUAGGCAACUGGGGAUCAGUGAUUUGCCCAGGGUCCCACAGCUAGGAAAUGUCUGAGGUCAUAUUUGAACCCAGGAUCUUCUGUGUCCAGGUCUGGCUCUCUAUUCACUGAGCCACCUCCCUAUCCCUUGUAAUAUCUUAACUUAGAUGUAUUUUUUUUUUAACUCUUUCUUUCUGUCAAAGUACCAACUCUAAGACAGAAUGGCAAGGGCCAGGCAAACAAGGUUAAGAUGGUUCUAAGGCAGAAGAGCAUUAAGGACUAGGCAAUCGGGGUCACUUCUAAGGUUUUUGGUGUGUUGCUGUUAUUGACAUUUUUGUGGUUACUGUGUCUAUUACUCCCUUGACUCUGUUUACUUCACUCUGUACCAGGUCGUAUAGUUUUUUCAUGCUUCUCUGUAUUCAUCAUUUCUUAUAGCUCAGUAGUAUUCCCCUACAUUCAUGUACCACAAUGUUUAGCCAUUUUCCAAUCUGGGAGUAUCUACUUUCCCCCCCUUAAUUCCUAGCUCUCACAAAAAAGUGCUGCUAUGAAUAUUUUGGAAUAUGUGGGGACUUUUUUCUUAUUGAUGGCUUCCUGGGGGCAUAAGCCCAAUAAUGGGGUCUCUAGUUCAAAGGGUAUAGACAUUUUAAUUACUUUACUUGCAUAAUUGCAAAUUGUUUUCCAAAAAGGUUUACCAUUUCCAGGUCCAUCCACGAUGUAUUAGAGUGCCUAUUCUACAAACCCUGUCGUGUUGGCUAUUGCCAUUUGGGGGUCAUUUUUGCCCAUUUACAGGGAAUGGGGUGAAACCUCAGGGUUGUGCUGAUUUGCAUUUCUAUUAUUAUUAGUGAUUUGAAGCAUUCUUUCUUAUGAUUGUGAAUACUUUGCAAUUCAUUUGUUUGUUUAUAUCCUUCAACUAUUUAUCUAUUGGGAAAUGGCUAUAGUUAUAUAUACAUAUAUAUUUUAUAAUAUGUGUAUAUGUAAAACAUUAUAUAUGUGAAUGUGUAUGUAUCUUGAACAUCAAAUCCUUAUCAGAGAAACUUGAUACAAAGAUUUUUCCCAUCCGAUGACUUCCCUUCUUAUCUUAGAUAUUUUCAUUUUGUCUUUGUGGAAAUUUUUCAGUUUAUAUAAUCAGUAUUUUAUCUUUUGUAAUUGCCUCUAAAUCUUGUUUGGUUAAGAAUACAUCUUCUACCCAUGGCUGUGAGGUGUAUGUGAUCUGUUUCUCUACUAAUUUUAU